GGAAACAGAAAAGCAACAGAGAAAAGCAGAAAACAAUCCCAAGACCCGUCCCCAGCUCCCAGGGAAAGGGGAGAAGUUAAAGACACAAACACAAGGGAAGAAUGGACAGAAGCUAUCCAGGCUGUGGCAGACAGACUGCAGAGGCAAGAAGAGGAGAGAAUGAACUGUAGUCCAACUUCUCAAAUUGACAAUGCAGGAGAGGAAGAGAUGGACGCUUCUACAAGUCACCACAAAAGAAAGACAAUGAAUGAUUUUGACUAUUUGAAACUACUAGGUAAAGGCACUUUUGGGAAAGUUAUUUUGGUUCGAGAGAAGGCAAGUGGGAAAUACUACGCCAUGAAGAUUCUGAAGAAGGAAGUCAUCAUUGCAAAGGAUGAAGUGGCACACACUCUAACUGAAAGCAGAGUACUAAAGAAUACCAGGCAUCCAUUUUUAACAUCCUUGAAAUAUUCCUUCCAGACAAAAGACCGUUUGUGUUUUGUGAUGGAAUAUGUUAAUGGGGGAGAGCUGUUUUUCCAUUUGUCGAGAGAGCGCGUGUUCUCUGAGGACCGCACACGUUUCUAUGGUGCAGAAAUUGUCUCUGCCUUGGACUAUCUGCAUUCUGGGAAGAUUGUGUACCGUGAUCUCAAGUUGGAGAAUUUGAUGCUGGAUAAAGAUGGCCAUAUAAAAAUUACAGAUUUUGGACUUUGCAAAGAAGGAAUCACAGAUGCAGCAACCAUGAAGACAUUCUGUGGUACACCAGAGUAUCUGGCACCAGAGGUGUUAGAAGAUAAUGACUAUGGCCGAGCAGUAGACUGGUGGGGCCUAGGGGUUGUCAUGUAUGAGAUGAUGUGUGGGAGGUUACCUUUCUACAACCAGGACCAUGAGAAACUGUUUGAACUAAUACUUAUGGAAGACAUUAAAUUUCCUCGAACACUCUCUUCAGAUGCAAAAUCAUUGCUUUCAGGGCUCUUGAUAAAGGAUCCAAAUAAACGCCUUGGUGGAGGACCAGAUGAUGCAAAAGAAAUCAUGAGGCACAGCUUCUUCUCUGGAGUGAAUUGGCAAGAUGUGUAUGACAAAAAGCUUGUACCUCCCUUCAAGCCUCAAGUAACAUCUGAGACCGAUACCAGAUAUUUUGAUGAAGAAUUCACAGCUCAGACUAUUACAAUAACACCACCUGAAAAAUAUGACGAGGAUGGCAUGGACUGCGUGGACAACGAGAGGCGGCCGCACUUCCCUCAGUUCUCCUACUCCGCAAGUGGACGAGAAUAGGUAUUCUUCAUUCUGCUGCUUCACUGGCAUCGUAGACUUAUUACUGAAAAGAUUCCCAGACAUCACUACAGUCCUUGCUUGCAAAAGCAGCAGGGCACCUUCCGACAUCCCAGCCCAGCGUCUUCACCCACAUUGAAACACACAUGAACAUGCUUCAGGUUUUCUUUUUGCAUGGAAUUGUAUCUCAGUCUAAGGUCUCACGCGGUUGCUGCUACUGUCUUACUCUUAGAGCAACUUUGAGAAGUAAUUUCACAAUCUUUGGAAGUCAUGAGCCCGCUGUUCAUUUGUGCACCAAUGAUCAUCUUCUGAUCUUUUAGUUUUGUUUUUCCCUAGCAGUGAAGGCUAAAAUGAGAUACACUGAGUCUAGAUACAUUUUGUAACCUUCUAGAAGAUAAAUCAAGAACCAAUUAGACAAACAAGAUUUAGUUCAUAUUUCAAAACAAGCAAUUGUGGAAGGGCGCUGAUGUGCAUAUGUGAGGGGUUAGCAGAGCAUAUCCGAUCGAUCAGGGUGAAAGUAAGUGCGUGUCACUAAGAUUUGGCCUGGACUCAUUGGGAGGCAUUUGAAAAGACAGGACGACGAUUGAGAUCCACAUAUAUUUUAUAAUUCUGGUUGGAUACUGCAGAGGAAACUGGGUGUCACAUGGACAUCCAGACUUAGGGGCAGUCGUGGGCAAACGAACAUUGUUCUACCAAGAACGGAAGGUUUCUGGACACAGUCAAGUCAAGUCACCUAGAGGGUUUUAGGCUACACUUUGCCUCAGAGAGCAUUUUCUCCCUGUGCUCGGCAGCCCUUUCCUUCUUGAUAUUCAUCACCUGUAAUGGCUGAAGAAUGUAGACAGUGUAUGAUCCUGCUUUCACCAAAAUCCUACACCAAGGUGAACAGGUGUUUGCCUUACUAGUUUUACUAUGUUACUUUCAGUUCUAGGUGAAUUAGCUUUUUCUCAGAUGUUACAACUUGGAAUGUCGUUUUAUGACUUCGUUUAUGUUGCAGUAGUAUUUAUUUUUUAGUGGUGAGAAUUGUAUGUCAUGUUAGCAAAUGCAAAAUGGAACAGACUUCCUGCAGUUUCUUUUGACCCAUAUGCAAAGAAUGUACACACCAAUGAGAAUCAUGCACUUUUUCUCCAAUGUAAAAUGUGGUAAGGCUCUGAAAUCGUAUAGAUUGAUUAGAAUUUGGCUUUGGGAGAGAGAUAUGCCAUCAUUUAACCCCUUGGUGCUGAAACGAGGAGACCCCGACUCUCCGUGCCCAGGGGUUGGUGAAACAAAUCCAUGUUGAUGCUUGCUUCCUUGAGAACUGAAAUGUCAGGACAGCCUGCCAGUGUAUGGUAGUGAAGAAAAUUCACCCCUGAAUGAUGAUAUGAAAUGAACUUGACAAAAUGAACACAUCACGAGUGUUUAUGACGUAGGCUCUAAAGGGUAAGAGGCUGGUGUGUUUAUUCUGAUCAAGGCCCAUUCAUCAGUGAAUUAAGCCAUCAGGGAAAACAAAACAACACAAAGGAACACCUGUAGCUUUUCUUUUUCUGUACAUACUUCAUGUCCCCAAACCCCAACAUUCCUCACUGCAAGGGACAUGGAUGCAAACCUCAUCUUUCUCUGUCACUAAUGAUGAUCUUCAGAUUAAACCCUUUGGUGCUAGGAGCUGACAUUUUCCAAAGCAGACUGAAGUCCAGGGGGCAGGGCCUUUCCUGCGGCAGGCAGGGGCUUCUGCCCCACAGAGUGGCCAUGGAAGUGUGCUCUGGUCAACUACCUGACAGCCCCCACGGAGGCCUGCAGCAUGACAGCCUUGGCACUGCACUGUGUGAGAGAGCAAGCGACUUUCUGAGCAGGAUGAAUCACGUUCACGUGUAGGUGUCUUAGCCUCUUGGCGCUGAAGCGAGGACUCACAGCUCUAGAACCACUGCUGGCGGUGGGCGGCCACUGGGACUGACGGGGAUAGAGGGCAUUUUACUAAGGCAGCUAAGACACGCUCAGACAUACGCUUUAUCUUUACUCCUCAAACUUGUACCCUGGGGAGUGGGGCCUUAGCAUUAAGUAGGAAGUCUCGGUAAAUGGAGGUCCACUCUGGAAUCUGCAGCCUGACUUUUGCUGCUCUUGGAAUUGUGUGUAUGUUUCAUGUUGACAAGAAGGGAGACUGGAUGGUAUAUCCUCUUACGUUGUCUUGCACCCAUUAUGUAAGACAGAAAUGUGUGAGAGGAGAUAGAAGCUGAGGCUGGCAGAGAAUUUGUCCCCUCAGAGGGAAGCAUGACACUGUUCAUUAAGCACACAGCUUUUUGUUGUUUUGUUUUUUUCCCCAACUCUUACCGUGAUUUCCAUGACCUUGGCCAAGGAUACUUCCUAAAGAUUAAUGAUGGGGCUGACAGUGCCUCAGGCUGGCCACGCUCACAGCUGGCCCUCCGUUCCCAGCCACGCUCAGGGCUCAGUGAUCCUUCCAAGGCUCCCUCAGUGUCACACAGGUGUGUUCUUUGCUUUGGAUUUUGAGGUUCCCUUCCUUCGCUCCCAGGUCUCACUCAGUGGCAUGGGGUAGGACACACGCAGAGGUGUGGAGAGGGAGAUUCUGAAACUUCCCCGUGUUGCCCAUAGCUGUAGUUCUGGAUUCUGGAGGUGGGAAGUCAUCCUAUCCAAAUACAAUUCUGACUUUGCAGACUCCAGCUAAUGCUAACUGUUGUGAAGUUUGAGUUCUUGUCAUAAUGCAGCCAUCUUGAAGGAAAUUGGCCAGUUGCGCUUGGAUUGUGGGCAGGUUGCUCACCGCUUGGCUUUCUGCACUAUAUUACAUAGCGUCAUUCCAGUAUUGUGUCCAUUCCCUUACCUGAGUUCCAGCUUCUUCAAGCUGACUGUUCUUGCAGGGCCACUUGCUUCUAGAGUACAAAGUAAGGGCCUUCCUCACUAACUGCAGGGUCUAUACAGCACACCUCAGUGCACACUCUUGCUGCUACCGUUUGUACUGUCAACAGUAGAGUUUCCCUAUCUUGCUCCUGGUAGUGCGUUACAGGCAAGCAUGCAAUGUAAAGUAUUUAUUUAAAUAAAAAGAAAACCUCUAAAUUGGUAAUUGAAUUACCUUCCUGUAGCUUUAUAGUUUGUGACAUUUCUUGACCUUGCAAGUUCUUUCAUUAGAUCCGCGCAAGAUCUAGUCAUCUGGUUAAGGAUUUUAAGCAGACGCAACUAUGAACCCAAGAAACUGUACUACUAUUACUGUCGGCCCCACUAAAACUGUUCAUUUCCUUAAGCAUAUGACCCGCAAGGAUGUGAAAUACCUACAAGAAACUGUUUUGUACACUGUACGUCCUUAGUAUUUUUACACGUAUACGAUAGGGACGCACAUUAUUCUCCUUCGUACAGACGGCUUAAAUAAAGCACUAUGUCAAUCUGCUACUGCUCUGUUUGUUGUUGUUGGAUGUGGUUCUGUAAUCUCAGAAAAUUAAAUCCCGUUCUUUUCUGGGAAAGAAAGGUUUUUAAUAGCCCGACCUGGUAUUAACCUACCCUAUAGAAGAUAUAACAGCAAACUGUGUGACCUCUUAGCUCAAGACACGCAGGAAAAUGGCAAGAGCGUUGUCGUGCAAACCUCGAUGCAGGGCUGCUUCCGAGGGGAGGUGCUGCGCUCCUGGUGGUGGGCUUCGAGACCCGUCUGUGGGAAGCCAGGGACAGAGCAGGCGUCAGACCCUCAGGCUUUUCCCAACCCCGUGGGAUGCAGCUCACCACUAACGUCUUCCUGAUAACGUGCUGCUCUGCACACUUCCUGCUUUUGAGUGUCCUUUGACUACUUCGUGACAGUUUGUGAGCCUAGAAAUGGCUUGUAGAGGGGCAGAACGUCAUUUACAUUGCAUCAUUUUGGAUGGGGCCUUUCUCUGAUUUUACCUCAUAAAGCUACGUUGUAGAACUUGGCUCUGCUCCUGUGACUCAGCCAGAGAGAGGAAUGAAUGGCUUUUGGGACCAGAGUCAGGCGUGCAUGUAUAUGUCACAUAGCCAAACUUGGGAACAUAGUUACAAGUACUCUUCUCAAAAUCACUGGGGUUGACAGAUCCAGAAGGCUGAUAUAA